AUGUUUCACCUUGUUAUUCUUCCUCCUUGGCUGCCACAGUAUGAUGAUGAAGACGUAUUGGAUGGCGACUGGCCUCUAGAACGCACGCUUCACCGAUUCGUUCAAGAAGCCCUUGAGUCGUUCAUACAAAAAGGUUCGCCGGAAAAUAAAGAACCCUGGAAUGUUUUGAUGACCAUGUUGAAAAAUUGGGAAGAAGUGGACAAGCAAUGUGUUGUGUGCCAAGAGACCCUUGCUCGGAUCAUAUCAGGUCUCAAAAAAAACGGGGCGGCUGCUCUAUACAUUCGGGCUCAGAACUGUGGCUGGGUGGCAUACUACGAUAAAGGCUGCGACAAAGUCAUCGUGGAUUCAUUUGAAGCAUCACCUCGCGCAAAGGACGUGAUUUCUGCGCCGGGAAGCCUUGUUCGCCAGUUCCCAGGGGGAAGUGUAGCCAUCCCAGGUAGCAUGGUGGAGGAUGCUAGGUUUUGCAUGGAACUUUCAAGAAAUCUAGCACGCCUAUCGACUGAAGACGUGGAAGAAAUGAUGCCUAAGUCUUCCAAAGCCGGAAAAUCAAUUCCUGAAGAGCGGGAUACUACCCACCCGGGCCUCGUCACUGAAGGGUUGAUGACUCAGCUGUUGGCAUUCGGUGAACACAAUGCGGAGCUUUCCUUUGCCAAGAACACGCGAGACGAGGUCAACUGGAGAAGCAGCAAGCUCCCUUGGAGAAGAUCUCCUCAUUGGCUUGUGCUGCGAGUUGCACUCCAGACAGUGCUUCAACGCGCUCUUCCUGAUGGAGACGGUUACAAGCAAUACAAAAACCUUAUGCUAUAUUUUGUAGCUGAGCUGGGGCAUCUCUCUACGCUUGUUCGACCUGUUGUUCCUGCAGAUUAUUUGGAGAUAAUCCGUGCCAAAAUAUGUCGACGCCUCCUAAAGUUGAAGGAAGGAGCCUGCGAUUUUGUUCUGCAACACACGAAGUCGGCAGAAACGAUCAUACAAGCUUCCUUACAGAAUAUUCAGCAGGAAAUCAUCAGGUCAGGUGCGAUGCCGGUACCAAAAGGAUUUGCCUGCACACCAGAAGAUUUGCAGAUGUCGCUCAAGAAUUCCCGAGAAUACUUGAAUUCCGCAAUGUCACGUGUUCCUGCCAAUUUCGAACAAUCAAUUUUCGAUCGACGCCACGAACCACGCAAUAAAAUUAAUAGGGUUGGGCUACCUAUUUUGGAAAGUGGCGAUCUUUUAUCAUUAACAGACUUUGAGUGCUGGGUGAAAAAUGCAAUGGAGACCAAUUCGUAUGCUCGCGAUAGAGAGCCUUCAGAGCAUUUGUGUUGUUUGCUGGGAGACUUGCUUCAAACAUAUUCAGGGCUCGCAGUCGAAGCAUACAGUGACAGCCCAGAUGCUAUGUCCAUCGCAAUUCUCUGUAUAAUGGAGUUGUGGGUCAUCCUUGAUAAGAUGUGCAUUGCCAUCUGUCCACUCUUGGGAACUUAUUCCCCUGAAGUACCAAGCAACAUUCUUGAAUCCUUGCUCUUACCACAACUCUCUGAAAUGCGACGAGCCAAUAAUAUCGAGACCUAUAUCCAUUCCAGAUACCAAGGACGGGCAGCCGGUGCCCCAAGCAUAUUUUCUGACCCCAACUCGCAAGGGUUUGCCGUUUCUUACUUUGACGGUUCUGGAAAACAUCACAGGCUACGUGAGCGUAUAGAGCAACAUGCGCGUGAUAGCAUUGAGAGCAAAAAAAGAGAAUGGACAAACAAGUCUCAACAGCAUGAAGAGCUCCUGCGUCGGGCAGCUCAAACCCCACACAAGUGGGACGUUGAUUCGCGCGGCAUACAAUAUCACUCUGGAUCUUGCCAGUGCUGUUCCAUCGAGAGUCAUGCUAGGAAUCUCAGCAUUGACGUUUACGAAUGGCCACUUCCGAAGAGUGAGGAGAUCCUCAAAACAGUUAUCUUCGAGUUGGAUUGCCCACAAUGGUUUCUGAAGUGGCGCGAUGUCACUUGGAGAUUAGUCCAUGACUUUGGUCGGGUGCAAAUUAAACAAGGACCCAACAUGCAGCAAAAUCUGCUCUCGAUCAACAGCAAAGUCGUGGAAGAGGAGUCACUACAGUAG